AUGACGCAUCAGCUGUGGAAACACUACUGGGAAGAUGAUGUCGACCGAUUUCGACGCCUUCUCGCCCCCGCCAGCCACGGCGCGCAAGGCGGGCCCCGAACCUCGAACCUGAGCCUCGCUGGCGCGGGUAGCCCGGGCUACGGCACAUCACCACGCCCCGCGACCAAGUCGCGCAAGGCCCCCGGCUUUGGAACAGGCUCGGGGGGCGGGCGUCACGGCCACAGCGGCGGAAUCGGACGAAGCGAGAUCAACGGUCGCGACCACGCCGGUCUUACCAUCCUGCUGCGCGCAGCAUCCUCGACUGGCGAAAAUUCCAUCGCGUUCGUUGAGGCGCUUCUCGACCAUGCGGCCAUUGAUAUCUAUGCGCAAGACCCCGAGAGCGGCUGGAAUGCGCUUCAUCGGGCCCUGUAUGCGGGAAACAUAUCCAUCGCGCGGCUCUUGUUGGAGAAGGAGCGCAAGGACUUGACGGGUCACACCGCAUCGUUGAAUCGGGUUGGUCAGCUCAUCAAGACCAAGGACCACGAGGGCUACAGCCCGUUUGAUUUGUACCACUCGACCAUUGGCGAGCGCAGUCUGAAAGAGCUUGUUCAACAGUCGGGUGGGGACGACGAGUCGGAUAGUGAUGGGGGCGAGGCCGUUUUGGACCCAGCCUUAUUUCACCGUGAGUACCUACAGGCCACCGGCGAUGACCGGCCUGCAUCUCAGGAUCUCAGCAAGAUUCCUACCUUGGUGUUGAGCCGGCCCUUGAUGAUACAAGACGUGGUGCUUUCCAAGUUGCACAGUGCCGUGCUCACCGCAGAUCCUGUGUCGAACCUCUACAUCUGCGGCGUUGGCCGUGGAGGGAGACUGGGCCUCGGGGACGAGAAUACGCGGUUCACGUACGCGCCCGUUCUCGGGCCCUUGGCAGAGAGGAAAGUCACUCAAGUCGCACUCGGCCAAAACCACUCCAUGGCCGUGGACGAAACUGGUGCUCUCUGGACGUGGGGUAAUAACGCCCAGUGCCAGUUGGGAUACACUCUACCGGAGCCUUCCAAGCAAGACGAGGACCCCAUCAGUACCGUCCCGCGGCAGGUCUUUGGACCACUCAAGAAAGAAGUGGUCAUUGGUAUUGCCGCCUCCUCGAUCCACUCUGUUGCGCAUACGGGGACCUCGUUGUAUUGCUGGGGCAAGAAUGUUGGGCAGUUGGCGUUGAUGGAUGCCGACUCGCGGUCGCUGGAGUUUCAGCAGACACCGAGAAAGGUUGCGGCGUCAUUGUUCUCAUCGCCUAUCGUGAUGGUGACAGCUAUCGACAAGGCUACCACCAUUCUGCUGCAAAACCACACAGUCUGCGCGUUUACGGCGUACGGUUAUCACAUCGUGAAAUUCCCUUUCGCAACCCUCGACUUGGUCGGCAAUAUCAAACUGUCGACGCGCCAAGACCCCGCUUGGAACCAGAUCAGCAGCAUCACGUCCGGCGGCGAGACCAUUGCCGCUGUGACGAGACGCGGCGAUUUGUUUACUAUGAGUCUCGACCACAAGAUCGAAACCAACCCUUCGACCACGUCCACCUCCAACCCGUCCAAGAUCAAGGGUGCAGUCACCCAGGCGCAGUGCAUUUGGUCCGCCCGACGAGACGGUGUCCGCUCUGUCGGCGUUGGCGAGCACGGUUCCGUCAUCAUCAGCACGCAGUCUGGCGCGGUAUGGCGGAGGGUGAAACGUACCAAGGCCAAGGACGCCUCGCCGUGGAUGUCUGAAUCCUCCAAGCGCAAAGACUACAAGUUCCAGCGUGUGCCGUGCAUCACCAAGGUAGCCGCUGUUCGUGCAUCGGCACAUGGCGCCUUUGCCGCCAUCCGGAAGGACUCCGACAUCAUGAAAGAGCAGCUCGCCAUCGACGGGCAAUCCAUCUGGGACGAUGUGGCACCACUCAACUGUCUGGACGGCUUCCGCGCUUCGGAACCCGACAACGAGAAAGACGAAGUGUGGAAAUUUUGGAAGCAGGGCGAGCUCGAAGAACGUCUCGGUUCUGUAGCCUACGAAGUGCUCAAAUCCUCCGAUAUCGACGAUGACUUGUCACAACAUCUUGUGUCAUGGUCGUACCAGAACGACCUUCUAGAUGCUGCCAUCUGCACGUCAGCGUCGCCCGACGUCCGAAUCCCCAUCCACGGAUGGCUGCUUGCUGCUCGCAGCCCCGUUCUGCGAAAUGCACUUUCGCACUUUCGCAAGGCGGGGCGCUCGGAACCCUACACCCACGAGUUGUUCACCAUCCGUGACGAGGAUGGAACUGCGGUGGUCUGUUUUCAGGGCCUAGACCUCGUCGCCCUCCUGAACCUGAUCCUGUUUGCGUACGAGGAUCAAGUGAUCCCGGUGUGGAAUUUCACGGGCCACGUACGGCCGCUGGCAUACCGGUACCGGCAGAUCCGCCUGGAUGUCAUGAAACUUGCACUGCGGCUUGAAAUGAACAAUCUAGAAGCGGCCGCGAGGCUGCAAGUGGAACCUCAGCGGUGCAUGGACGCCGACUUCCAGCUCGCUAUCAAGGAUUCGCGGUUCUUCGCAGAUGGUGACGCGGUGCUGGAGCUGGAAGGCGCCGAGGUCCCCGUCCACAGCGCGUUUGUGUGCCAGCGGUGCCCGUGGUUCCAGGGGCUGUUCUUUGGUCGCUCCCGGGGCAUGUGGUUGGAGAGCCGUCGUGCUGAGGCAGCGCCUGCGGAACGGAUCAAGAUUGAUCUCGAUCAUGCGGACCCCAAGGCGUUUAAGUAUGUCCUGCAGUUUCUGUAUGGAGAUUGCGGCGUCGAGUUGUUUGAUCCUGCGGUUUGUGACAGCUUUGACGACUUUUUGGACCUGGUCAUGGAGGUCAUGUCGAUUGCGAAUUACCUGAUGCUCGACCGGCUGUCGCAGAUCUGCCAGCAGGUGAUGGGCCGGUUUGCCAACAUCCGCAACAUGGCACACUUGCUGAAUGCCAUCAGUCCGUGCUCGGUUACGGAGUUCAAGGAUGUCGGGCUGGAGUACAUUUGCCUGCAACUGGAGACAAUGCUAGAGAACCAUCUACUAGAUGAGCUAGACGAGGAUUUGCUACGGGAGCUUGAUGAGGUGGUGCGAGACAAUCAGACUGCCCAAUCACCGGUUGUCAGAAGUGGCCGGGCUGAGAUUCUGCUCUACGAGACCUACCCUUGGUUAGCGGAUGAGGUCUUUGAAGAACGGCAGGUCCGGGUCAAGGAACUUGCAUUCCGGGUCCUGAAGGACGAAGAGAAGCGGUUGCUAGCUGCUGGGAAGACCAAAUAUGGCAGCUUGGAUGACACUACCCCCGUCACGCCGACCCCUGAAAAGAUCAGGAAGUCAUCGAUGCCUGUUCAGAAUGAGCCGUUCAGUCCCAGUCUUCGGCCUAAGGCGUCCCAUGGGGAGAUGAUAUUUGACAUGGACGAUGAGUCCUCGCCUGUCACUAGUCCUUUGGCGCGGCCCCGGAGGGCCGUGGGAGGAAUGCCGGAUGUGGACCAGAUACCUCCCCUGGGCGGUUCCUGGAAAGGCGUGGGCAAGAAGAUCCGUCUCGAUCUCGGAGCGUCAUCGCCUCGCAGCCCGUCUUCUCCAUCUCUGGCCCCUUCCAAAUCAGCACAGGUGGGCAGCCCUAACCCAACGCCUGUGCAGGCCGGGCAGCCCUGGGGCGCUGCGACUACGCCGAUCUCUAAGCUCGACCUCCGCGACAUCAUUCAGUCCGAAACGGCCACACAAUCCGCUCUGACUGAGGGUCUUGCCGCGGCGCAGAAAGCAAAGGAGGUUACGCCAAAACCAGCGCAGCAAAAGGUCUCGCAGAAGGAGAAGAAACGACAGCAACAAGCAGCACAGGCCGCGCAAGCUUCUCUACUCGCAGCCAAGGCGACAGGUCCCAAAAACGCGUGGGAGCGCUCGGCUGAUGAACCCACCACGUCCCCGUGGAAGACGGUCGGGGUCAAAGACAAGACUCGGGCCCUGCCGCUCAAGGGAAAAGGUCUUCUCUCUCAAGAGGUGACAACCUCGGUGCCAAUUCACAGACGCACCGCUUCACCUGAUACGCGUUUCUCCGGCCAGCGCACAUCAUCCAGCAUACCCUCCACGCCUCUAUCCAAAUCCCAGCGCCCAACUCCUCCCCCCCUUCUAUCAUCCACGUCAACCCGUCCACCCCCAACGCCCUCAACCCCAGCCCCUCCUCCCACAACAACAUCGACAAUAACAACGAUAACAACCCCCUCCACAGACCCCACCUCCCAGCUAACCCCCCACUCCAAAGUCUACAUCCCCCGGCACACCCCAACCCUCUCCUCCACCAUAGGCCUCAGCAUGCAGGAUAUCAUUGUGCAACAGACACGUGAUAAGGAACAGGUGAAGGAGGCUGCGGCGGCUGCGUCGAAGCGCUCGUUGCAGGAGAUUCAGCAGGAGCAGGCGUUUCAGGAGUGGUGGGAUGCGGAGAGUCGGAGGAUGAUGGAGGAGGAGGAACGGAGGAGGGGGGGUGAACGCCGACAUCGGGGGCACGGACGGUGA